AUGACACGUUUCCAAUCGUCACCUUUGGCUAUCCACUUAUUUUUGGUCCUAACGGCCACUUUGGCGACUGGCCAAAACUAUUGCGACUCUUCGCUCUGUCCGAAUGGAAGACAUGUCGCCUGUCAGAGCAGCGGGCGCUUCGUCAGCGGCUGCAGCGGUGAGUUUGUGCAGGUGGACCGCUACAUCCAGCAGAUCCUGCAGCUGCACAACGACCGUCGCAAUUUGAUCGCCGGCGGUGGAGUGAGCGGCUUUCCCAGCGCCCUGCACAUGGGCACGAUGGCCUGGGAUGCGACGCUGGCCCAAGUGGCCGCCUACAAUGCGCUGCAGUGCCGCAUGGCGCACGACGAGUGCCGCAACACCAACACCUAUCGCUAUGCGGGCCAGAACCUCAGCAUUCUGUUCACGAGGAGCGUGGAUAUAGCCGACUUUCUGCGCCAGCGGAUAGCAGCCUGGUUCGAUGAGAAUCGCGACGCAACGAGUGCCGAUAUGGAGAAUUAUCAGAUGCGCGGUGGACCGGCAAUUGGGCACUUUACGACCAUGGUGAACGAGCGCAACAACCGAGUGGGCUGUGCAAUCGCCCGAUUUACGGACGCCAACAACGUGCAGGCCACCCUGCUGGUCUGCAACUACGCCGUCACGAAUGUCCUGAACAAUCCCGUCUAUCGCGCGGGUCCUGCCGCCUCCGAGUGCACAACGGGCCGGAACGCCAACUACCCCAACCUCUGCUCCCCCAACGAGGUCUACAACUACAACCAGUGGUCGGGAUAG